AUGAAUGGGGAGGCGAUGGAGGGGAACCCGGCACAGGAGCAGCAGCAUGCCGGUAACGGCUCCCACCUCCCUCCCCCUCCCACCAUCACGCCGGCCAUCCCUCCCUACGUGAAGCUGGGUCUGACCAUCGCCUACACCAUCUUCUACUCGCUGCUCUUCGCCUUCGUCUACGCCCAGCUCUGGCUGGUGCUGCGAUACCGACACAAACGCUUCAGCUACCAGACAGCCUUCCUGUUCCUGUGUCUGCUGUGGGCCGCCCUGCGCGCCCUCCUCUUCUCCUUCUACUUCAGGGACUGCGUGACCGCAAACGCGCUCGGACCCUUCGCCUUCUGGCUGCUCUACUGCUUCCCCGUCUGCCUGCAGUUCUUCACGCUCAGCCUCAUGAACCUCUACUGUGCACAGGUAUACUUUAAGGCGAAGUCGAAGUACACACCUGCACUGCUCAAGUACAGACUCCCUCUGUACCUGGUCUUCUUGGGUGUCAGUCUUCUCUUCCUGGUGGUUAAUCUGGUCUGUGCCCUGCUAGUCAAAAUGACCGCCGCUGACGUCAAGACCAUCGUCCUGGUCAGGGUCACCAUCAACGACAGCCUGUUCGUCCUCUGCGCUGUCUCGCUGUCCAUCUGCCUCUACAAGGUCGCGAAGAUGUCGCUGGCCAACAUCUACCUGGAGUCAAAGGGGACGUCGGUGUGUCAGGUGACUCUGAUUGGCAUCAUGGUGGUGCUGCUGUAUGCAUCGCGGGCUUGCUACAACCUGGUGGUGCUCGCCCUCACCAACAUCGAGACCAUCAACUCCUUCGACUACGACUGGUACAACGUCUCAGACCAGGCGGACUUGCGGUCGUCGCUGGGAGACGCCGGUUACAUCGUAUUCGGGGUGAUUCUGUUCGUCUGGGAGCUGCUGCCCACCUCGCUGGUUGUCUUCUUCUUCAGGGUCCGACGGCCACCUCAGGAAAGGAGCACUGCUGGGAUACCAAACCACGUUCUUUCCUCCAGAGGGUAUUUCUUCGACAACCCUCGUCGUUACGACAGUGACGAUGACCUGGCGUGGAGCAUUCCUCCCCAGAACGCAUCAGCAAGUCUUUCCUCCGACUGCUACGACUGGGGCAGCCGCCACAGCAGCUUCACCGUGCACACCAACAGCGACCAACAGCGCCUGACCACCACCGCUGCCGGAGAGCUCCACCCUUACCCAUAA